AUGAAAAGUUAUGCAAGAUAUUGUUCGAAAUGUGUGCCGAGUGAUCGACUAAAGUUGAUCGUGGCUGUUGCGUUUAUUGUCUUCAUUUCACUCAUCUUGUCGAUUCUCUUUUUUGCUAUGUUUUGGGAUCAAAUCGCGAAAUCUCCGUUUCAAUGGUACGAGAAGAUAAGCGAUAAAAGACGUAAACAAAAACACCUAAUUUGGUCAUCGAUAUCGUUUGGAUUGCCUGCGUUUUGG